UUCUUAUUGGCUGGGAAACAAUUCCAUAUGACUACUAAAUAAUCCAUACAGAAAUGUAUGUGUAUGCGGACAGCAGCAUGCAUUUACAACAGGUACUUCUAGUUAAGCCAAGUUCAGUCACUGCUCUGGAUUUGGACUAAAAUGUCAUGCCCAGUAACAGCGAUAGAACAUCAACUGAGGCUGCUGUAGACUCAUAGGGGCCUCUCUGCUCUGAAUGGUGAGCAGCUCCCGUUGCAGACUGGAUCCGUCUUCAGAGCAAAGGCGAUGGCAUUUUAUCCACUGCAAAUCGCUGGACUGGUUCUUGGGUUCUUCGGCAUGGUCGGGACCCUUGCCACAACUCUUCUGCCUCAGUGGAGAGUGUCGGCUUUUAUUGGCAGCAACAUAAUUGUCUUCGAAAGGGUCUGGGAAGGCCUCUGGAUGAACUGCGUCCGACAAGCCAAGGAUAAGCUGCAGUGCAAGGCCUAUGAUUCUCUGCUGGCUCUCCCACCUGCCCUGGAGGCGGCCCGGGCGCUCAUGUGUGUGGCUGUGGCCCUGUCUGUGAUUGCUUUGCUUGUUGGCAUCUGUGGCAUGAAGAAGAUUCAGUGCACAGGCUCUGACCGGAGGGCAAAAGCAUACCUCGUGGGAAUUUCCGGAGUCCUCUUUAUCCUGACCGGGAUCUUCGUUCUGAUUCCGGUGUGCUGGAUGGCCAAUGACAUCAUCCGGGAUUUCUACAACCCAGCGGUCCACGUAGGUCAGAAACGAGAGCUGGGAGCCUCCCUCUUCGUCGGCUGGGCCACUACUGCGGUCCUCAUCGUCGGAGGGGGUCUGCUCUGCGGGUUCUGCUGUUGCAACCGAAAGAAGCCAAGGCACAGAUAUUUAGCCCCUGGGCGUCGUGUGCCUCACGCACGUAAUCCACGCCGGACAGCGACGGGGCUCAGUAGGACUUCCACUAGUUACGUCUAACGCCUGCUUUCAGCUCGAACUGUGGAUUAUGAUCCAGGUGUUUUACAGACGCUUGCCUGAAACUGUAAGUAUGCCAGGCAGGAGGAUUUGCUUUAUGGCUGCUCUUAAAUUGAGAUGAGAAGUUUAAAGGGCAUAUAGACUGUAGUCACCUGUGGCAGGAAGAGAAACGACUUACUUUGGACCUUCUAACCUCCUGUGUAUUAAAUGCAUUUACUAUUCUGGACUCAAUCUUCAGUCCAAUUUGUGUAAUCUAAUGAUACAUUCCUCUUUUUUCACUAUCAUAUAUUAUCUGUUAAAAAGUCCAAAUUCUAUUGCUAUUGAUAUGCCAUAGCAAUAAAGCAUAUUCUAAAACAUAACCU